AGCCUCUCCCCAAAAAAACUACACUCCUGUGACGUCACGCCCGUGGCCCUCCUUAUCUGUCACGCACGCGCUCCUGGACUUUUACCCUUUUACUCCGGGCCAUCUGAUAACCGCAGCACACACCGACACCGUGCACCGGACUGCAAAACAUGUUCACCCCGAAGUCACCCCGCGGCCUCUCCAGGAGUCCCCGGGCGCCCCAGCCCCCUGCCGCCGCCGCCGCCGCGGAGGAGAUCCGCAUGGUGGACUGUGGAUGUGAGCCCGACCGCACCUGCAGCCUCCACGCCGGCUGUCCGACAGCGGCUGAGGACAAGGGGCCCAUUUCGGACUCGGGCCAGUACGGCUUCGAUAACUUGGCCUACGACUACAGCAGUGAAACCCAUCUGUGUUCUCCCUCAGUAUCUUCUACCACCUUCACAUUUCCCAGAGUCCUGUCAGAGGAGCAGCUCCGGUUCAUCCAGAAUUGUGUGUCCAGGAUACAUGGAGUCCUUUCUACCUCCUCCUCCAUCUCCUCGUCUGUGCUGUCCUCCUGUUCGAUCACCGUGCACUACGAUUCAAAUGUCGUGAGUCCAAAGGGGAUCGGUUUGCACUUGCACAACAUGGGCCACAGUGCGGAGUCGGCCGUGCGCAUCGGAGUGGAGGGCAUGCACUGCCAGUCCUGCGUGCAGACCAUAGAGGCUAACAUCUCCGAGCUAAAGGGCGUCAUCUUAAUCCAUGUGUCUCUCCAGAAUUCAUCAGCGUUCAUCACAUUCCAGUCUCACGUAACCACAGCGGAGGCGCUGGUGGACCGGAUACAGGACAUGGGCUUUGAGACCUCACUGCUGCAGGGACAGGAUGGACAGGGUGGACAGGGUGGACAGGGUGGACAGGGUGGACAGGGUGGACAGGGGGGACAGGGGGGACAGGGGGGGCAGGAAGACUCGGAGCAGUUGAUGGUGGAGGUGUGGAUCACAGGAAUGACGUGCCGCUCCUGUGUGGACUCCAUCACGGGCCGUCUGAGCCAGGAGCCCGGGGUGAGCCGAGUGUCCGUGUCCCUGGAGGAGCAGAAGGGGAGGGUGACCUUUGACCCCAGCCUCACGUCACAAGAGAGGGUCAGGGGGGUCAUAGAGGACAUGGGAUAUGAGGCGUCGCUCACAGAGCCUGCUCUUGAGAGGCCUAGAGCAGCUCCAUCUGAGGGUCCCCCCACAUGGUCCCGGCCCCCGCAGAUGACUCAAGUCCUAAACGGGGAGUGUGAGCAGAAGGUCGAGAGGUGCUUCAUCAGUGUGACGGGGAUGACCUGUGCCUCAUGUGUGGCCAACAUUGAGAGGAACCUGCUCAAACACAGAGGGAUCCUUUUAGUUUUAGUUUCUCUUAUGGCGGGUAAAGCAGAAGUGAAGUAUUGCUCAGAUCUUAUCAGCCCGAUUGGUAUAGAGCGCCUGAUCCAGGACCUGGGCUUUGGAGCCACACUUAUAGAGGACAGCGCCGCCACAGAUGGGAAGCUGAACCUUACAGUGACAGGCAUGACGUGUGCAUCCUGCGUCCACACCAUUGAGUCCAGGCUUACGUCCACUAAAGGGAUCCUCAGAGCCUCUGUUGUCCUGGCAACAAACAGAGCUCAGAUCCACUUCAACCCUGACGUCAUCGGGGCACGAGAUAUAGUCAGAAUCAUACAGGACCUUGGAUUUGAAGCGUCUCUGGUGAAAGAAGGCAUCCGGAACAAUCUGGACCACUCAGAACAAAUCAAACAGUGGAGGAACUCCUUUUUGACCAGCCUGAUUUUUGGUGUUCCAGUUAUGGUCUUGAUGAUCUACAUGAUGGUGAUGGAAUACAGAGGCUCAAUGCACGAAGACCACAACCUCCUCCCAGGGCUGUCGCUGUUUAACCUGUUCUUCUUCUUACUCUGUACCCCCGUGCAGGUAAUUGGAGGGAGGUACUUUUACAUCCAGGCUUACCGCUCCAUAAAGCACCGUACGGCUAACAUGGACGUGCUGAUCGUGCUGGCCACUUCCAUAGCUUACAUCUACUCGUGUGUGGUGCUCAUCGUGGCCAUGGUCGAGAGGGCAGCUCAGAGUCCCCUCACUUUCUUCGAUACCCCGCCAAUGUUGUUCGUGUUCAUUGCACUGGGAAGAUGGUUGGAGCACCUGGCAAAGAGUAAAACCUCUGCUGCUUUGGCUAAACUCAUGUCACUUCAGGCCACUGACGCCACAGUGGUGACUCUGGGAUCAGACCUGUCCAUCCUCAGUGAGGAGCAGGUGGAGGUGGAGCUGGUGCAGAGAGGGGACAUCGUCAAAGUGGUGCCUGGAGGAAAGUUCCCUGUGGAUGGGAAGGUCAUCGAGGGAAGCUCCAUGGCAGAUGAGUCUCUCAUAACAGGUGAGCCGAUGCCUGUGACUAAAAAGGUGGGCAGUAUAGUGAUCGCUGGAUCCAUCAAUGCUCAUGGGGCUCUGCUGGUGGAGGCCACUCAUGUGGGGGCAGAUACCACUCUGUCUCAGAUCGUGCGCCUGGUGGAGGAGGCCCAGACCUCUAAGGCUCCCAUCCAGCAGUUUGCAGAUAAGCUGAGUGGAUACUUUGUUCCUUUCAUAGUUAUCAUUUCUCUGUUAACUCUGGGAGCCUGGGUGGCCGUGGGGUUUGUGGACUUUGAAGUUGUCAAGGAGAAUUUUCCGGGCUAUAACCCCAACAUCUCCAAGGUGGAGGUGAUCGUGCGCUUUGCCUUCCAAGCCUCCAUCACAGUGCUGUCCAUCGCCUGCCCGUGCUCUCUGGGGCUGGCCACACCGACAGCUGUCAUGGUGGGCACAGGCGUGGGCGCUCAGAACGGGAUUCUUAUUAAAGGAGGAGAGCCCCUAGAGAUGGCACAUAAGAUUAAAGUGGUGAUGUUCGAUAAGACGGGCACCAUCACAAAUGGGGUGCCCCUGGUGACCCGGGUGCUGGUGCUGUGGGAGGUGGCCCGGAUGCCCCUCAGGAAGGUCCUGGCCAUCGUGGGCACCGCAGAGGCCAACAGUGAACACCCGCUGGGACUGGCUGUGGCCAAGCACUGCAAAGAGGAGUUGGGCUCUGCAGUGCUGGGCUUUUGUCAGGACUUCCAGGCAGUCCCGGGCUGUGGGAUCAGCUGUAAGGUCUCCAGUGUGGAGCACCUCCUCGAGCAACACGACCAGCAGCACUUCAUCCUCCCCGGAGCCACUACUGAUGAGAGCAGCCUCCUGCCCACUGGAGAGGACACUUCCAGAGGUGAAAACGUUGCGUAUUCAGUCGUCAUUGGAAACCGUGAGUGGAUGAGAAGGAACGGCCAUUCCAUUGGAGCAGACAUUGAUUCGGCCAUGUCCAGUCAUGAAACUAAAGGACAAACCGCCAUCCUAGUCGCUAUUGAUGGCGUGUUGUGUGCUAUGAUCGCCAUCGCAGACACGGUGAAGGCGGAGGCGGCCCUGGCAGUGCACACACUCAACAGCAUGGGCAUAGAGGUGGUGAUGAUCACAGGAGACAACAAGCGAACUGCCAAAGCUAUCGCUGCUCAGGUGGGGAUAAAGAAAGUGUUUGCGGAGGUGCUGCCCUCACACAAAGUGGCCAAAGUUCAGGAGCUCCAGGAGAAGGGACUGCGGGUGGCGAUGGUGGGGGACGGGGUGAAUGACUCUCCAGCGCUGGCCCGAGCAGAUGUGGGCGUUGCCAUAGGAACGGGGACAGACGUGGCCAUUGAGGCAGCUGACAUUGUCCUGAUUAGAAAUGACUUGAUGGAUGUGGUGGCCAGUAUUGAACUUUCUAAGAAGACUGUGCGGAGGAUCAGAAUCAACUUUGUUUUCGCUCUCAUAUACAACCUUGUGGGAGUUCCGAUCGCAGCAGGAGUGUUCAUGCCGGUGGGCCUGGUGCUGCAGCCAUGGAUGGGCUCUGCUGCCAUGGCGCUGUCAUCUGUGUCUGUCGUGGGCUCCUCUCUCCUGCUCCGACUGUAUAAGAAGACAUCAGUGGAGGUGUACGAGGCGCGAGCGGAGGGCCACAUGAGGAGCCUGCGCUCGUCUCAGAUCAGUGCUCAUGUGGGGCUGGAGGGACACCGGCCCCCCGCAACCCGGGACCAGCCCAGCACCCAAGGGAGAGACAUUGUAUAGGAAAGGGAUUCAAGUACACAGACUGAUUUGAUUUGAAUACUGUAAUUAUGUGUCAGGGUCUUUCGAAAUAGACGUUUUGCACUUCUGUAAAUUAUAUUCUGGCCAGUAAAAUUUUUUAUACCUGUAUUCUAGCUUUGAUAUGACCUCAACAAAAUGCCUUAAGAUGUAAAUAAAACCAAAGACUUAAUGCA